CUCACACCAAUUGUUAUGUUGAGGGGGGAAGAAUCACAGUGCAAGCUGGAAGGAAAGUUUGAUUUACCAGCCUUAACGAAAACAGGAGAGAUCAUCCUUGGGGGGAUGUUUAACAUUCAUUCGGCAAGACUCUUUAGCGUGCAGAACUUCACAAUUUUGCCAAAGCAAACAGAAUGCAACAGUUUUGAUUUCAGAUCUUUUCGUCUUGUACAGACUAUGAUCUUUGCCAUCGAAGAAAUAAACAGGAACCAAAACCUCCUUCCAAAUCUCACUCUGGGCUAUCGGAUUCUGGAUGACUGCUCAUCAUCAACCAUUGCUACAAAAGCAGCUUUGGCACUUGUUAAUGGGAUGGAAGAAAGCUUUUCCUUUAAUAACUGCAGCAACUCUCCGAAGAUACCAGCUCUUGUUGGCGGAGGUGGAUCCUCAGAAUCAAUCGCAGUAGCAAGGACAAUUGGACUCUUUAAAAUCCCAUUGAUCAGUUACUUUUCUACCUGCGCAUGUCUCAGUAACAGAAAGGAAUAUCCUGCCUUUUAUAGAACAAUACCAAGUGACUACUAUCAAUCUAAACUUUUAGCUCAACUUGUUAAAACGUUUGAAUGGACUUGGAUUGGAGUCAUCAGAAGCAACAAUGACUAUGGUAAUUUCGGGAUGCAAUCGUUUAUAGAAGCUGUAGAGAAGCUGGGAAUCUGCAUAGCUUUCUCUGAGUCCUUUUCUAGGACAGACCCCAGAGAGAAGAUAGAAAGAAUCGUAGAAGUUAUUAAAAGGUCAACAACAAAAGUGGUGGUGGCUUUUUCGGCUACGGGAGAAAUGCGGCUUUUAUUUAGGGAAGUUGUACGUCAAAACGUCACGGGAAUCCAGUGGAUUGGUAGUGAAGCCUGGGUUACAGCAGAACUGCUUUCUCCAGAUGAAAGCAAUCGAUUCCUCACUGGGACAAUGGGCCCUGCCAUUCAAAGGACAGCAGUGGUGGGAUUACGAGAUUUCCUUAUGAAAGUCCAUCCGCAGAAAUUCCCUGGAAAUGCUUUAGUAAAGGAAUUCUGGGAAACAACAUUCAGUUGCACUCUAUCGUCUGCCAAAACAACAAAGGAACCAAAUGAUUUAUCACCAUAUCAACAGUGCACAGGAAAUGAGAAUUUGAAUGAAAUACACAAUGCAUAUUCUGACAUAAUUACUGAUGGAAGCUCCUAUAAUGUUUAUAAGGCGGUGUACGCCUUUGCUCAUGCUGUGCACAACAUGUUGGCAUGUGAAUACGGAAAAGGCCCGUUUACGAAUAAAACAUGCGCAAAUGUUUCUAUUUUUGAACCUUGGCAGCUGCGACAUUAUAUGCAGUCAGUAAAUUUCACCACUAACACUGGUGACAAAGUCUAUUUCGAUUCAAAUGGGGAUCCAGUCGCUAAGUAUGACUUGAUAAACUGGCAAAGCAACACACAGGGCUUUCCAAGGAUUGUGACUGUGGGCUAUUACGAUGCUUCCACACCUCCCGGGAAAGAAUUGAUGCUAAAUAUAAGGAAACUAGAAUGGAAUGGUGGCAAUAAUAAGAUCCCACGUGCAGUUUGUGCAGAGAGCUGCCUCCCCGGCACCCGGAAGGUCCACAGGAAGCGACAACCGAUCUGCUGUUUUGACUGCACAGAAUGUGCUGAUGGUGAGGUCAGUAACACCACAGAUGCGUUGGAUUGCAUCAAGUGCCCUUUGGAAUAUUGGACCAAUCAGAGGAAAGAUAAAUGCAUACAAAAAGAAAUUGAGUUUCUUUCCUUUGAAGAGAUGCUGGGAAUUGUACUAGUUACGAUUGGAUUGGUAGGGAUCGGCGUAACGUUAACAACAACAGUUAUCUUCUAUCAGCACAGAGAUACCCCUAUUGUUAAGGCGAACAAUUCUGAGUUGAGCUUCCUUCUUCUGUUUGCAUUGACUCUGUGUUUUUUGUGCUCUCUCACAUUUAUUGGUGAACCCUCAAUGUGGUCUUGCAAGCUUCGCCGCGUGUCUUUCGGUAUUGCUUUUGUUUUGUGCAUCUCCUGUAUUUUGGGAAAAACAAUCCUGGUUCUAAUGGCCUUUAAGGCAACGCUUCCCAAUAAUAACAUGAUGAAAUGGUUUGGACCCACACAGCAACGAUUAAGUGUUUUCCUUCUCACACUUAUUCAGAGUUUAAUCUGCGCUCUAUGGUUAACAUUCUCACCCCCUUCCCCUGUAAAAAACAUCAAGUACUACAGGGACAUUAUUAUUUUAGAAUGUGAUGUUGGAUCUAUAACAGCAUUUUACUGUGUAUCGACCUACAUUGGUCUUUUGUCUGCUGUGUGUUUUAUUCUUGCAUUCCUAGCCAGGAAUCUGCCAGAUCAUUUUAAUGAGGCUAAGUGUAUAACUUUCAGCAUGCUUAUUUUUUGCACAGUUUGGAUGGCUUUCAUUCCAGCUUAUGUCAGUUCGCCUGGGAGAUAUACUGUGGCUGUAGAAGUGUUUGCUAUUUUGGCAUCCAGCUUCGGUUUGCUUCUCUGCAUUUUUGUUCCAAAAUGUCGCAUAAUCUUGCUGAAACCAGAAAACAAUACAAGACAGUAUAUCAUGUCCAAAGAUCCUUCAAAGAAGCUUUAA